ACCAUUUCCUCUCCUUUUUCCUCCAGACUCCCAAACCAUCGCCAUCGCAGCAGCACCCUGUUUUCUCCUUGCUCCCGUUGCAUCCCGUCCCGUCCCGUUUCUUCUCUUCCCCUCUCUCCGGCCCCUGCGUUAAACGCGUGUUCUCGCUCUCGCCAUGACCAAGCACAGCGCCUUCGCGGCCGAGGACGCGGUGGCGCCGGCGCCGGCGCAGGCGGGCCGCCAUUUCUCUUCGCUCCCUCCGCGCGACUGCCGGAAGGCCGCCCUGGGCCGCAUGGACCUCGCCACCUCUGGGCCUCUACGGGCCGGAUCUCUCGUGGACUCCAUGAGGGCCUCCUCCCCUCGCCACGCCAAGCCCGCCGCCGCCGACGCAGAGUACCUGGACUGGAUCGAGAAGCACCCGUCGGCAUUGGAGGGGUUCGAGUCGGUGCUGGCGGCGGCGCAGGGGAAGCAGAUCGUGAUGUUCCUCGACUACGACGGCACCCUGUCGCCCAUCGUCCAGGAUCCGGAAAGCGCCGUCAUGACCGAAGAUAUGAGAGACGCAGUGAGGAGCGUGGCCCAGCAUUUCCCGACCGCCAUCGUCAGUGGAAGAGGCAGAGACAAGGUGUUUAACUUCGUGAAACUGGAGGAGCUCUACUACGCCGGGAGCCAUGGCAUGGACAUCUGGGCCCCUAAGACCGGGUCCAACCUCAAGGCAAAUGGUGACGGGAUUCUGUGCCAGCCCGCGAUCGACUUCCUGCCCGUCAUCGAGGAGGUGUUCCAGACGCUGACGGAGAAGAUGGAGUCCAUCCCUGGCGCCAUGGUGGAGAACAACAAGUUCUGCCUCUCGGUGCAUUUCCGCUGCGUGGCCGAGGAGGAAUGGGAUGGCCUCGGAGAGCAGGUGAGAGCAGUGCUGGAAGGCUACCCUGAUCUCCGGCUCACUAAAGGCAGAAAGGUCCUUGAGAUCAGGCCGUCCAUCAAGUGGGACAAAGGCAACGCCCUCGAGUUCCUGCUCGAAGCUCUCGGCUUUGCGGGUCGCGGUGAUAUUUUCCCCAUUUACAUCGGGGACGAUCGCACGGACGAGGACGCCUUCAAGGUCCUGCGCAAGACAGGACAAGGCAUCGGGAUCCUCGUCACGAAGUCCCCCAAGGAGACCGGUGGAUCCUAUUCUCUGCGGGAGCCGGACGAGGUUAAAGAGUUCCUUCGCAAGCUGGUCAAGAGCGGCGUGACAAAGGGUUAAUUUAGUAAUCACCAGCCACCUGCCUCUAAUUGACUGUCGACAUGGUGGAGAGCAAGCUGAGCUCGCUCGCUCGCUCUAGAACAAGUCUUUUUUCCUUUUUGGACCUGGUUUUCUCUCCUUGCUUGGGAUGUUCCAUCUGUGUUUUUUAGUGGAAGACUGCAUCCUUGCGUGUUUGGAUCCAUAUAUGUGAUCCAGAGCAGUGAUCGACCCUAUAUAUAGGCCCUGGCUAGUUAGCUUUGAAGGUUCCUAUUACUGUAUCCCUUCUCGCAAGUUAGCUUUGUAAUUAGCCUUUGGCGUAGCUAUGACAGGAUUAGGAGAGGCAAAGUAGCCCUCCUUUUUUCU